UGAUUUUAAACUACGCUUUCAGCCGUGUUAACUGGGGUCGGGCGUAAGAUAAAGUCGUCCAAUCAACACAUAUUACAGUACUUUAUUGUGUGUAGGUAUAUCAGUGGAAAUAUGAAACUGUAUUUUGAGGAACUCCCGCCUCCCGACGUCAGCUUCCUCGGUUCAGCAGAAAAUUUUUUUCUAACCUUCCGGCACCUGCAGAGGAUCGAGAUCACGUGCCAGUCAGCGCUCGGGGUUGCUAUGGAGCCCAAUGCACUCCAAAUCGGAAGUGGUCCUUGAAAAUUACUUUCCCAGGAAACUUGUAUUAUUAAAACAAUGUCAUUCUAAUUCGCUUUUUCCUAAAGCAAAUUCUUGCUAUCAGCACAGAAAGCUACGCUCUCCUCCCGAGAGGAACUUCUAUUCCUGCAGUGGCGGCAGCGGAACGGAACCAAGGAGCAGAGUGCUCGGGUCUCCCACGAGCGCUUCUCUGGAACGGACCAGCCCCCUCCAGCGGGGUUGCCGUGGAGACGAAGCGAGCUGUGGAUGCGGAGGAGCGCUGAGGCUGGGCCUUUACUACCUGACUGCCCAGGGGGCUCACAGGACCCACGCCAAGAUGAUGCUUUCAAGGGCCAAACCUGCUGUAGGCGGAGACUUACUGCACACUGACAAAAGAAAGAAGAAAGGUAGGAAGAUUCCAAAACUAGAGGAGCUACUUUCACAAAGAGAUUUCACUGGAGCUAUUACCCUACUGGAGUUCAAACGUCAUGUUGGGGAACAAGAAGAGGAUACUAAUUUGUGGAUUGGAUACUGUGCUUUUCACCUGGGUGACUACAAGAGAGCUUUGGAGGAAUAUGAAAAUGCGACAAAAGAGGAAAAUUGCAAUCCUGAAGUCUGGGUGAACCUAGCCUGUACCUACUUUUUUCUGGGAAUGUAUAAACAAGCAGAAGCUGCUGGAUUUAAAGCUCCAAAAAGCCGACUUCAAAACCGCCUCCUCUUUCACUUGGCUCACAAGUUUAAUGAUGAGAAGAAGUUGAUGAACUUUCAUCAGAAUCUUCAGGAUAUCACAGAAGAUCAACUCAGUUUGGCUUCCAUUCACUAUAUGCGAUCUCACUACCAAGAAGCUAUUGAUAUUUAUAAGCGAAUACUGCUAGAUAACAGGGAGUACCUUGCCCUCAAUGUGUAUGUGGCCCUAUGUUACUACAAGCUGGACUACUAUGAUGUGUCUCAAGAAGUUCUGGCUGUUUACCUCCAGCAAAUUCCUGAUAGUACCAUCGCACUCAAUCUUAAGGCCUGUAAUCAUUUUCGCCUUUACAACGGCAAAGCAGCUGAGGCGGAACUCAAAAGCUUGAUGGACAGUGCCUCUUCUUCCUUUGAAUUUGCUAAAGAACUCAUCAGACACAAUCUGGUUGUUUUCCGAGGAGGUGAAGGGGCUUUGCAGGUUUUGCCUCCCCUGGUUGAUGUCAUUCCUGAAGCCAGGCUAAACUUAGUGAUUUACUACCUUCGUCAAGAUGACGUGCACGAAUCUUAUAACUUAAUUAAGGAUGUGGAGCCCACUACUCCUCAGGAGUAUAUCCUCAAAGGAGUGGUCAAUGCAGCCCUUGGCCAGGAAACGGGUUCUAGGGAUCAUGUGAAAAUUGCCCAGCAGUUCUUCCAGUUGGUGGGAGGAUCAGCUAGUGAAUGUGAUACAAUACCAGGGAGGCAGUGCAUGGCUUCCUGUUUCUUCCUGCUUAAGCAAUUUGAUGAUGUCUUGAUUUACCUCAACUCAUUUAAGAGUUACUUCUAUAAUGAUGACAUCUUUAACUUUAAUUAUGCCCAAGCCAAAGCUGCAACAGGCAAUACCAGCGAGGCUGAAGAGGUGUUUCUUUUAAUCCAAAGUGAGAAGAUGAAAAACGAUUACAUUUACCUCAGUUGGUUGGCUCGAUGCUAUAUAAUGAAUAAGAAACCAAGACUAGCCUGGGAACUUUAUCUCAAGAUGGAAACGUCUGGCGAGUCCUUUAGCCUCUUACAGCUCAUCGCUAAUGACUGCUACAAGAUGGGCCAGUUUUACUAUUCAGCCAAAGCCUUUGACGUCCUAGAGAGGCUGGAUCCCAACCCUGAAUAUUGGGAAGGCAAGAGGGGUGCCUGUGUGGGCAUCUUCCAGAUGAUCUUAGCUGGGAGAGAACCCAAAGAGACCCUUCGAGAAGUCCUCCAUUUACUGAGAAGCACGGGUAACACCCAAGUAGAGUACGUCAUCCGGAUCAUGAAGAAAUGGGCAAAAGAAAAUAGAGUGCCUGUCUGAAACAGCUCCACAGGCCUAGGGAACCAGCCACCACUUUGACGUAAAAUUGAAAAGCUUUUUCCUCAAGUUUGAUGUAAGAUGCCGGCCUCUAUUUUAUUGACGUUUUCCUUCUCUGCUCUUCAAGCCACAAAACCAGCAGCUGGCUGCUUAGAACUUGCCACCUGGCUGAACUAAGUGCCAUAGUCUGUGCUGUGGCCCCAGUAGGCUCUGACUAGCAAUAAGACUUUGGACUUCGGUGCCUUUCUUCCAAAAAUACUCAGAGUACUCAUGUCAUUCAAUGACUUUAAGGAAAAUGGCAAACUUUUUUUUGUAUUAACAUUCUAUGGCAUUUUUUCCAAGCUGCAAUCACAAAUGCCAUUAAUGUUCAAGAGUUGCCGUCAUUCUCUCAUCUUAUUUUUAGCCAUCUCUGUACAUUCUUUUUACUGGGGAAUUCCAUAAAGAGUUCUGUAAUGCGUCUCUGAAUCUUGCAUCUCUUAACAGAGGUUAUAAAUAGCUAUAUGAUUCCAAGAAUGGCAGUCAGAUCUUUUAUCAAGCUGUCCAGUCAUUAAUAGAUAAUAGACUUAUGGAAUUAUUCUUUCAGUAAUCGCAUUCUUGAUGAUUAUAACAUGUUACAGUGGAGUAAAGGAGUAUUGCGGUCUUUUAGAAGGUGAGUACUAUGAAAAAAAAUCUGUGUGGUACAUUUAAGGUUAUUCAGGAAGCAAACAAUACAAAUCUCAUUUGUCACUUCUCCAUUAUAUUUUAGGUAACAAAACAGGUUAGGUUGUUUUUUUUUUCAUGUAUCUUGCUGAAUAAACAUCGAUUUUGAAAAUAGGGCUACAAAGAUUAUAUGUAUGCAUUAUGGCCAUUUGCUCGUAUUGAUGUAAUGAUAUAGAAUAUGGAUUGUGUAGAGCCCUUUGCGAGAUCUCCCAAGGGCCUCACUCUAUCCGAAGUCAUAUUCCAGGCUGAUGUUUCUGAGCUUUUGCAACAUAAACCUGUUAGACAACUGAGCGUUCUGAGGCUCACAAGCUAUUUUCAAAAAAUAGCUCUCCAUGUUUUUCUGUACCAGAUUACCUUUGUUUCUACACCAUGUAAUUUUUUUUUCCUGGGAGUUUAAGGUACCCAGUAUUAUAGGUGUAGAAAGCGCAGAGCCAUCCCUAUCCAGCAUGAGCACUGAAAGAAAGUUAUAAUUCCUUGAAGCACUAAAGACAGGAGAAUUCCUACAAGCACUGUAUCAGUUGCUCCACCUAUGCCCCCACCAUCUCACUGCAGAUGAAAGUGUAUAGAAUGGAGAUGGAAACAUGGCAGGAGUCAAAGACAGUUGCAAGAGGUUCUUUCAGCUCUACUCAGGAAGAUGACCAGUUUUCUCAUCUUUUAUCUUAGACCCGGAUCUAAUCAGUGCAAAGCACAAAUCAAAAUAAACUGGCCUGGAUAACUGAAUUGUAGAAAACAAAGUUACAUCUUUUUUUGUAUGCCAAAGCUUCUCUGUUUCAUUAUGUUAUUCCUACUUUUUAAAUAAUUGGUUCUGAGCACCUAAAGUACUAGAUGGGUCAGAUCUGGGCAGAACCUGCUAUAAUUUUUAGAAUCUUUCUGGUGAUUCUUAACUUACCUCACUUAAAAUUUUAGGAAACAUAACAGUGGAAAAAGACAAAUGGAAUUCCUCAGUGGCUUUUAGCAAUGAAAUUUGUCUUCCAGUUAAUUGCUGUUAUUUUCAAAUUACCUAUACUUAGAAAGCUUUUCCACUGAUGGCGAUUUACUUUUCAGUGAGCUUUUGUUGAAUUGAACACUUCACCCUGUGUUUUCCUGUCUUUUGAAAAAAAAAAAAAAAUCAGAUAUUCCAAAAAUAGCAAUUCCCAGAAUUUUAGACUCAUUUUUUAAAAAAGUUUUUAAUCUAUAGAAUUGAACCAAAAAACAUAAAGACUAGUUUAGGGGAGACACCAUCCAAUCCUGCCAUUAAGGGUAGUUACUUCUGAAAUGUCUUGGCAGGGUCCCAAGAUUGCACAGCUGUUUUUCUUCAUGUGGUGAUAGAGGAGAGAGGAAGGUCCAGGCUCAGGAAUGUAGUGUAAUGUGUACAGUUCAUAGCAUCAAUGGACUAUUUAUAGUCUGUAGCAAAUAUUACUUGCAAAUGGAAAAAAAUGUUACAAUUAU